AGCAAUUAUAAUUGUAGCAAUUUGAUAGUGUUCAAAUAUUUCGUCUGAUAUUUAGAUAUUUGAAGAGGAUGAAGGGUCCGUCUCUUUUGUUGUUGUUUGUAAAUUGCUUUCAUUUGGUUUGGGGAGAAUGUCAGAACUCUACAAUAAACGAUUGUAAUAAAAGUUUGUAUAAAGAGUUGAUCACAGUUGGUAAUUGUACAAUAUGUGUUUGUCGCAAAGGAUUUACCCAGGAUGUUAACCUGGGUGGCUGCCGUCCAUGUAGUGUUUGUAAAUAUCCACGUGCUAUUGUAAAAAAUUGUACUGCAUCAAUUGACACAGUAUGUGAUCAUUGCCCAAAGACUCACUUCUACACAGAAACUGGGUGUAAAAAAUGCCAGGAAUGUGAGCAUGGUGUUCUCGAGCCUUGUGGAUCAAAGCAAGAUACAGUCUGUGCCCCCCAGAUCACUAUGCCACCAACUACAAUCUUGCAGAAGAUUUCUACCACUGUUUCAAAUGAAAGUGAUGGUUAUAGAGAUACCAGAGAAAAUAACCAUGACUGUAAGCAAAAUAAAAUUUGGAUAAUUCUUGUCAUUGUGGAAUCCAUAAUAAUUUUUGUUAUUGUUGUAUGGCUGUUCUGUCGCAAUUGCAACAAUUCCAGGCUUUAUGGCCUCACUGACACUUCAAGUUUGGCGACUAGUUUAUCAAGUCUGAUGUUAAACCCGAAAUCAAAGUGGCCUGAUAUCACAUGCUUAACAGAGGAAGAACGAGAGACCGCGAUAAAUGUUCUUCCUGGAGGAUAUGUAGAAAAACUAGGAGAACUUUUGAAUCCAACUGUCCCUAAUAAUUGGAUUAUUUUGGCUUAUCAUUUUAAACUUACCCAGAACGAAGUCAAUAACAUCAAGAUCUCCUCUCCCAACUGCACCCAAGAAUUGUUGUAUCUUUUGGGAUCUAAAAACACAACAGUUGAAAGACUCUGGAGAGGUUUGAAAGCCAUCAAACGUGAUGAUGCCUGCCUGGAAUUUGUAAAUUUUAUGAAGAAAGAACGAAAUGAUGAUAAAAGUGCAAUCGUUUUCAUCAAUGAUUGUGACUAAGGUGGGGGCACUUCCUAUCACAACAUUCAAGGUCGUAUUAGUUUAUAAACUGCUCAAUCAUUUGCAGUAGUAAUGAAAAAUUAGGGUCCUGUAAGGUCUUGGCCAGUUUAAAAAUUUUCAUGAUUUCUUAGAGGAGUCAUUCCUGGUUAAAUCAGAUGGAAAAUGUUUAAUUUCAGUUGAACUCGAAUGAAAUUGAACUCGUAUCGGAUAAAUUUUAAGUUUAUACUUCAACUAUUUUUCAGUAAAAAAAUAAGUAUAUCUGCUCAGGUAUAUAAGAUAGUUUACUUUUAGUUUUUUAAAAUACCGUGUUACUUCGCAAGUAGAGAAAAGAGCGCUUAAAGUUAGAUGAAAUCUUAAAUGACAUAAUUUUCACGAGGAAGGCACAAUAGAGCUUAUUAUUGACGAUUCAUGUCGAAAUUUUAGACUAGAGGUGAUUGAGCAAAGGUAUAUACUGAGUAGUUCGUCAGUUCGUGACGUUUUGAUAUCGAAGUAACUCUUUCCUAAGUCUAAGAUGUCCAAGAUGGUGCUAAAAUAUAACCGCCAUUUGUUUGAAAAAAGACAGAAAUUUUGAUCGCAUUUUUAGAUCAAUUAUUGUAGCAUGUUACUAUUAACUUUUAGCUUUUUCUACAAUUAAUUUUUUCUACUAUUAACUUUUAGCUUUUUAUAGAUUUUUGUACUGUUUUAUAAACACCCCUUUAAUGCUAUGAACAUGAAUUACCUUGCACCAGUAAAUAUAGUCGAUAGAUUAAAUUUCACUAUUUCUGUAACAAUAGACUUAUAGUCAUACCGAACGCCGAAUUGUUAGGCUUAAAUAUUUUUUAUAAAAAUGACCAACAUCAGUUUAAUCUUUGUAAAACAUAUCCAUGUUUUUUACGUUUUUUCAAUGCGAAAAUUGACUAAUCUUGAAUACAGUAUGUAUUUUUUUAAUCGCUAUAUCUCGGAGUUUAGGAUGAAGUGUCGGGUCAUUUCAUGCAGGUUUUUAAACAUUUUCUAUAUUUUCCAAAUAUUAACCUCGUUUCAGAAGCAGGCAAAACCAGUGGAUAAAACUAAAAGGACAGCUGUUUACAUAACAGUACAUUUUCCUGCUAAAAAUGACACGACUCAUCACCUACGAAGAUGCAAUAUUAUAUGGUGUAUAUUACAUUGUACUGUAAUAAUUGUAUUAGGGCGUUUUUGACGCAAUUUGAUUUAUUUUUUAAAAUACGACAAUGUAAAUGAUUUUGGCACGAUAUUU